CUGAAUGAUCAGUACCCAAACUCAACACUGGAAUUUCGCAUUAGUUCAUCGAGUGCCCCAAGUGUGCAGCUUGAGCGACAGAAUAUGACCAUCGCAGCGGCUGCAAACGUGGAAGUGGUUGUACGAACAUUUGACAAAGCCGUGACUCUACUUUCAAUGACAGUGAGUUUGUCAAUAACAGUUCAACCGUCUAUUGUAAAUGGGAAUUUGAUCGGAAGUCUCGCUGAUUACAUCUUUAACGUUGACGUCAUAAGAUCCGACAUUAGCGAGAUUAAUGAACAAGAUCUGAACAAGCUGAUUCGUGAAGCCAUUGACCAAGUGGUUAUUCCCGGGUUAAAUGAGUUUUUCAAAAAAGGCAUCGCACUACCAGUUACUGGUAUCUUCCGCCUUUACAACACAAAGCUGAAUUUGCUGACA